AUAGAGGUUAUGUUGUUUAUAUUUUGAUUUCUCUCCAUACUGUUGCGGUCCACGUGUGUAUAACAUUCGCAGAAUAAAAUUUUAAUUAUUCAACAUGUCAUUGGUUCAAUCGAAGAAACGCAAGCGGGUGUCCAAAAAGAAUAAAACUUCGUGGCGUAAACAUAUCGACAUCGAAGAUGUAAACGAUUUCUUGGAAACAUCACGGUUGGAGGAACGAAUCGGGCAAGUGUCAGACAAACCGAAUGAUGAAUUGUUCGUUGAGGAUAAAACACCCAAGAAGCAAAAAUUGACGGCGCGUGCUCAACGUAAAUUAACUGGCUCGAAACCGCCCAGAAGUUUCCUUGGGCUAGAGAAUACAUCCCAGGUUCAGGAUCCAAUAGUGAAAAGAAAUCGCGUUCGCACCAAAGAAGAACGCAAACAUUUCAUUGCUAAAAGUAUUGCCGCUGUCAAAGCCUCCAAAGGGAUCAUUCCAAAGCGAAAAAUUCAGGCCGAAACCGAUCGAUUGAAUUCGUACAACAAAUUGAAUGAGCGUGAACAAUCGAGGAAAGACAAGAAACAGGCAAUUAUCGACAAAGACAUUUGGACCGUUGGCGAUGUGAUUGAACAACAUACCGAAUAUCAUACCCAAUGGAUUGAUAAAAAUGUUGUCGAACAUAAUUUGGCCAACACGGGCACAGCAAUCAAAUCGAUUCCGAAGUCGGCCUUCCACAAACGUAGUAAAUUGAGAAAUGUAGCCAUACCACAUCCGGGUACCAGUUACAAUCCAUCGAAAAAGGAUCACGAAGAUUUGCUGCAAAAUGUCAUAGAAUUGGAAAAGAAAAUCAUUCGCAAGGAGGAUCAUUUGGAACGUGUCACUACUUCUAUGUUCGAUAAGAUGACUGCUGAGCAGAGGGAUGCGGCACGUAGAAAGGAAAUGAGUGCUGGCGUCAAGGAAUUGGAAGAUACGGAUGAUUCAGACGUUGAAAACGACGAUAUUUCCGACCCCGACACAUACACAGCAAUUAACCCUCCAGUCGUAGUGAAACCGAAAGACAAAAAGAAAGUUCGAAAGGCACGUGAACAGAAGUUGAUUCAGCAGAAAUUACUGAAGGCAAAAUUGGAAAAGAAGAAAGUUACCGACAUUCACAGAUUACGUUACUUGAAGGAAGACAUAAAGGAUAUGGAAGAAUCACUGAAAAUCGCCCGCAAGAGUAAAAUCGUACGAAGAGAGGAACAGAAAUUCGAGCCCAGACGUCUGGCUAAAGUUGUGUUCCAAGAGCAGGACAUCGAUUUCAGUAUGCCCGAAGCGAUCUGUGGCAAUCUGCGAAAUGUCAAGGCCGAGGGUAGUCUGUUGAAGGAUCGAUUCAAGAGCAUGCAACAGCGGAAUAUUCUGGCGCCGUCGGUUGAUGUUGGUUUGAGACGUCGCCGAGAGGUGAAACGAUUUGUUCGUAAAUCGCAUAAAGAGGAAGAAGAACAGCCGAAUUCGAAAAAGAAGCAGCAAGCGGUUGGCAAAAUGCAUUUUGUAGGCAAGUAAUGUUCGCUUGCUGGUGACGUGAAAUACAACACAAUUUAACUAACUUAAA